AUGGCAGAAGAGAGUCCACAGACACUUCCAGCUACCUUUCCCAUAGUUCAAAUGCCUGUAAAAUCCGGAGAAGAUUGGAAGGUUAUUGUACCUCGUCGUGGAAAAAAAAGAAGAAAAAGAACCAAUCCCAAAAUUGAAACCGUCGAACAAGCACGAUGGGCUCCUACUGAUAUUGAAACUGACCCCGAAAAAGAAUCCAUAUUGAUGCAGAAGAUUCAGAUAUGCAUGAAUACUCUUGAAAAUUCCAAAUUUUACAGUACCAUCCUGAAUCAGAUCCUAACUCCUCAAAUCAUGAGUUACUUCACUAGUGUUUUAGCCUCCGAACCUAAGAUGCAGAUGGUUAUAUAUGGUAUUGGCAGCAUUGAUUCUUAUGAAACCCCUCGAUUACAACUUGCACUUGCAAUAUUGAUUAAGAGAAGAUUUGACUGGAUAGGAGAUAUAGAGGUCUUUGAUCCCCUGCUUUCAAAAACAAAAUCUAGUGUUUUGGAGGCUUUAGGUUGUUCCAUUUUGCCAGUAAACGAACAAGGGCAGAGACAGGUUUCGAAGCCAACGGUGUUUUUCAUGCCACAUUGUGAGGCCGUCUUGUACGAUAAUCUUUUACAGGCAAACCGGAAAUCAGAGUUCUUGAAUCGUACAGUAAUAUUUGGCAACAUCUUCGAGAAGUAUGCAGAAUCUAUUUUGGAGUUUAAGAAUCUACUCUCAUUUGAUAACUCUGUGAAUCAUGUUUUGACGAUACAGAGAUUUUCAGCCGAGGUUAAGAUUGAGAUAGUUUCAGAUGAAUAUUUUAGGUCAUUUCAUGAUUCAAGUUGGCACUUCUUCAAUCUGGAUCAAGAUAUGGACCUAGAACUUAAAGUGCAUUAA